AUGUGCCGCACAACCCUGUUCGUGUACGUCUGUAAACAUGAAGGCACGGAAAUAUUUAAGUGUAAAGAAGUUGGAAAGAAAGAAAAGGAAAGUCAGACAGUUUUGGAUCCCGGAGAUUGUGACUUGGGGCUUAACAAAAAUGCCGGAGCCUUUGCUCUUUCUCGCCAAAAGUUCUGUCCCGAUUGCACCACCAAUCCUCAGAAUAGACCGAAACGUACAACCGAGCAAAUCAAACUAGACGAAGACAAGCGAGCAGAAGACAAGGAAGAACUUGUACAAAAAUUGGCUCAGGCACAAUACACUGCGCCUGGCACUCUCAUGCAGAACGAUGAGUUGACGAAAGAAUUCUCUGGAUCGGCGGAUGAGGAAGCGAAACUGUUUGAGGGAAGGAAAAAGCUCAAUGAGGAUUAUGAUAAAGCCACAGAGCCUGUUUGGAGGUAUCUUCAAGAAGAUAAUCGAGAUAUGAUCGGCGAACUUGAAAAAGCUGGGGAGAAGUGGAGCUACUUUAUCGACUUCUAUCGAGAAGACGAGUCUCCGGCUCGUUGA